CACAUCAGCUGGCGACACUAAAGAACCUCUCAACGAGCUGCCCAUGAAGAAAGAAACCGGAAGUGCAACUGUUCUCGCUGGUGACGUUAGCUGAAGCUACGUUGGUGUCAUCGUCUUCUCGGUGUGGAGGCUUGACAACAAAAACAGCAGUCUUAAUUUCGUGCCCAGCCACGAACAAAUAUUCUCAUUGGAGUCCCUGAAGAGCUUAGUUUUUUUUUUCUUCCUGAUCUCAGAUGAACAACACCGGGAAUAAGAGAGCUCCAACGACAGCCACACAGCGACUUAAGCAGGAUUACCUCAGGAUAAAGAAAGACCCAGUGCCUUACAUCUGUGCAGAACCUCUCCCCUCCAACAUCUUAGAAUGGCAUUAUGUAGUCAGAGGUCCUGAGAAAACUCCAUAUGAAGGAGGAUAUUACCACGGAAAACUCAUAUUUCCUCGUGAAUUUCCUUUUAAACCUCCAAGUAUUUAUAUGAUAACGCCAAAUGGAAGGUUCAAGUGCAACACAAGGUUAUGUUUGUCCAUCACAGACUUCCAUCCUGAUACGUGGAACCCUGCGUGGUCUGUCAGCACAAUUCUGACGGGUUUGCUCAGUUUUAUGGUGGAAAAAGGACCAACACUCGGCAGCAUUGAGACGUCUGACUACACGAAAAGACAGCUCUCUGCCCAAAGCCUGGCUUUUAACCUCAAAGACAAAGUGUUCUGCGAGCUGUUUCCUGAUGUGGUAGAAGAGAUUAAGCAGAAACAGAAGGUCCAAGAAGAGUUAAGCGCGCGCACACAGCCUCUCCCCUUACCAGAUGUGGUGCCUGAUGGAGACCCUCAGCAAGCUCAUUACGGCCUCCCGGUCCUCAAUGGAGGGCCAGUCCCUGUGGGGGACGCCAACCCCGCCCCUGGCCUGCAACAGGGAAAUCGCAACCAUGGACUCUUAGGAGGAGCUUUAGCCAACCUGUUUGUGAUUGUAGGCUUCGCUGCAUUCGCUUAUACAGUCAAAUACGUUCUGAGGAGCAUAGCUCAGGAGUGAAAGGAGGCGUCCGCCCUUCUCCAAAUGACUCCAAACUUUAUACAGUCAAUGCGUGGAGGAGAGACGCUCAGUCCUGAGUUCUAAUCGCUCCACAGCAACGUCUGCCACCAUGGACCUCACCAGAAACAAACUCAAAGCCCCUUCCCACUCUCCACCCCAUCCAGAAUGGCUGGACUGAAGGAACUGGGAAGUGGAUGGGGUUGGAGCAGUUUUUAUUAAAACGGUUGUAGUCCACUUUGUGCUUCAGUGGUUUAAUAGAGUUCCUGGGAACAAUCUUGGCUCAUGGGUUGUGACAAAAAAAUUCAUCUUAGCAAUUCCCACCAUCUUUAAAAUAAGAAGUGAUUUUGUCCUAAAUAACAUGGCCUGUCUGGGGGGGAGAUGAUUCUCCUGAACUUUAAAGCAUCAAAGUAUCAUCUUUAAUCGGGUGAAGCAUCCAUGCUUUUAUGUUCCACAGAAAAGGAGCUGCCUCGGCCUGACAUGCAUUUCCUGCUCAGGCGCCCCACAAGGCAUAAUUUAAUGCUUAAACUUGCCUCUACGUUUAUAAGUUUACAUUGAGCAGGUUUCAUUUUGCUUUCCGUACAUGAAAAGACGAGUUUCACAUCAUCACACCUCACAUGCCAGCUCACCUCUCUGUGGGGCGUGUACCAAAGGAAGUCAUUUCCAAAGAACCUGGCCUAUUUUUAACAGCCGAUGUAAUCCUGGAACCUCGCACGGGUUUGGAUUAUCACAUUACUGUCAGUUUGCUUUUUUGUUUGUUUGUUUUUGCUAAAACUGUUUUCUUACCAAAAGUUUGCUAAAAAUCCAUCCCAUUGGCUUUGUCAGGUCGCUCCUUCAGUGUUCAGAACAGAGACUUUUAUCUUUGGGUUUAACAAGAAAACAGUCUUUUAAUAAAUGUGCAUCUCUCCGUAAACAGCACAGAUUGGGUUUGAUGCCCUGAUAUGAAAAUGCCAGUAAGAGUUUCCCAGUCAACCCAUGAGCCACAAGUGUAAGGUACACAUUGGAGACUUUCUUUUUUUUUUUUUUUUUUUUUUUUAAAUCGGUUUAGUUGACCAGUAUAGCGCCAGUCUAUCCAGGUCCAAAUAAGGAACCAACAUUUUUAUUUGUUAAUCAAAAUUUUCUUUGAUUAAAGAUAUCAAUUUCCUCCUUACCCUUUUUUUUUUGUUUUCUUAUUUAUAGAAACUGCCAGCUGAUUGUGUUUUGUGAAACACACAGUGCAAACACGGGCAAAGACGCUGCCGCUCAUUAUUUGCUGAUGAUUAACUCCUGAAUUUAGAAUAAAUGGUUCUACUGCGUAUCUGAUGCUUCAGCGGUAAACGGAUGAUUCUCUUUUUCUCUGCACCUUCACAAACAAAGAGCGGGGAGACUGAUGAUGGGAGUGCAUUUGUGUAGUGAUACAGCAAAUGGCCAUAUUUCCAUGCUUCAGUUAACCUUGUGUGACCUUGUAUGGUUUCAUAGUAAAUGCUAAUAAAUACCCUGCUUGUUGGGGCGUUUAAUAAA